AUACGUUCUUUCAGUAUUUCUCACCGAAACCGCAAAGCUUGCUUCGCAGCACCGCUGAAAUGGCCGAACGCGUGCGUGACAUUCAGUCGGAGAUUGAUAAGGUGACAAAAGAGAUAAAUGAUGUCGACGCGCAAGUAGGCAAAGCAGAAGCCAAAGUGGAGAAGGCAGAAGCAGAAGUGGAGAAGGCAGAAGCAGAAGUGGAGAAGGCAAGGACGACGCGUCGCGAAAUAGCCAAGAAGCUGAAGCACCCAGAUCUCAGCGAGAAGGAGCGGGCGGCGCUGGUUGCGGAGCAGGAAGCGUGUGUCGCGGACUUUACAGCUGCUGAGAAGGACCUGGCGUGGCUGAGGAGGAGGGAGGAGCAGCUGCGCAAGAAGGAGGAGCAGCUGCGCAAGGAGGAGGAGCAGCUGCGCAAGGAAAAGGAGCAGCUGCGCAACAAGGAGGAGAGGCUGCAACAGGACGGCGCGGCGGGGAGCACGUCAGGAGCCGACGUGAAGAAGAAGCUGUCCCCACAAGAGAUCAUGGACAAGGUAUACAAGGACGCCACGUAUACGGCGCCCGUCCGAGCACGUGGCGCCCCCGAGGCGAGCCACGUGGCAGCGGUUCACGCUGGAUGAAAAGAAAAAGAGCUGACUAGCAGUGGACGGCGAGGCGGGCAUCGCGGCCCUCCGUCUCUGCGGCCCGGUGCUGGUCCUGCUGGCCGUUGUGUUCCAAGUGCGGGGCAUCGGCGGCCGGUACACGCCGCCUGUGCUCCUUGCUGUCGGGCUUGUCCUGACAGCAAUGUGGGCCAUUGGGCUGUGUGUGGUUCAUGGCGGUGGUGCUGUCAGAGAUCCGGGUGUGCUACAGCGCCGCCAUGUUCUGCGGAGUGGCCAUGCUAGCGGGCAUGUGUGUGCUGUUUGUCUUGGAUUGGCACGAUUUGGAUUUCCGGGACGCUGCGCGGCGGGUGCUGGACGCUGCCAGCUAUGCGUACAUGUUGUUGGAGAACGAGGUGCGCGACGUUGCGAAGGACAUCGGGUUCGACAUGUUCGCCUUCGACUUCAGCAAGCAAUGCUUCAAGCUAGCGUGCAAGUUGGUGUACAAGCAGGGACGCCAGCGCUGGGACUGGAUGACGGGCAGUCGCCUGUGAGUAGGACGGACUGCUUCAGGGUGAGACUGAUUAGGAGGGAUGUGGAGGUCGCCACGCCGCCGCAAAGCAAGGCGGGGCAGAGUUGGAGCAGGGCCGGGCACUUGGAUGUUUGUUGCAGAGAGAACGCUGCUGGAGGAGGAGGAUGGCCCGGACAGGCCCGGAGACAGAUCGUGUGGGAGAGGGGCACUCGCGGCCGGCCGUCAAGGUACCGUCAGUUGUUGUCGAGUGCCGUCAGUUGUAGUCAUGUGUGAUGGGACAGGGUGUAGGCAGGUUGGCGAGGUCCCGUAGGGUGCAGCUGACGCCCAUACCCCAAGCAGAUGGCAAACAAUUUGUAGCGGCAGAGCAGAAGUGCAUGGCUGGUCGAACGCCGGAGUUACUGUACCGACAAGUUGCUGGCUGGCUGGAAGUUUGCUGAUGCGCAUUUCUCACGCUCAGUUGUAGUCGUUAUGUCGUUCUCUUGGACGGGAUUGCUGCUCCCAUAAGGCCAUAACAGGCCAGCGCCGCGCAUCCAGCCCUAUGGCGUAG